AUGAACAAGCAGAAGGGUAUCGUCCACUGGGGUCUCUCUCCCAACCGUCAGAACCCCUUUGCCGGUGCCGUCCACGACGCCAUCUUCAACACUUUCCGCCGCACCAAGUCCCAGAUCUUCUACUGGCUGCCCACCAUGCUCACGGGAUACUACAUCAUGAACUGGGCCACCGACUAG